AAACGAGAUUUCAUUUCGUGUGAAAGAUUGCACUGUCAACAAAGAAAAGAUACAUAGAGACUGGAGCUGUUAGUCUGUGAAGUGGAUUGAAAAAAGGUCUGAUGUCACGCAAGGUCCUUCCACCAGCUGUGUCCUUAAUCCAAAACAAAAUGUAAAGACCAUCAGGCAGUACCCAAAUAAAAGCUUUGUGUAGUGGCAGACAGGCCAGAGUAAUCGGGGGAAAUCAAAACUCCUGGUUUUUAAAUGUCUGUAGAAGAAUAAAUGUGUCUUAGGAUAUCUUUCCCGGUGUCAAAUUCACAUCUAUUGAAGGACUCUUCCAAUCAAGGAACAAUUACAUUGCCAGGACAGACCAAGAGCAGCCCACUCAUGGAAAAAGGGGAAAGCUCAUAUCACUGUGGAGGGGAUUAUCAAGAGAGAAAUUCAGUUUUAUGUUGAAGAUAAUAAAAGCAAAGUUUAAUCCAGAAACAUUUGAAGGAGGGAUUUAGUGUUCUUAUCAGGGAAAGGGUAUUAAAAAAUGUGUUAGUUAUAUUGAAAAUCGUUUUACUGGGCUUUGCUACUUAUUUCAUUGUUUAUGGGGUAUGGCGAGCAAUGGCCAUGAGGGAAAUAAAAGCAUAGUGUGGAACCCUGACAAACGGACUGCCCCGCAACCUCCACAGAGUAAUUCAGACAUUGCCUCGGUGAGGGGUGCUUGCAGUGGAGCCACUUCAAUAGUUGGUGCUUCCUUACAUGUGACAAAUAAUUCCAGAGGGGAAACAUUGCCAGAGAGUGCAGAAGGAAAUCACACUCGCUACAGGUCAAAUUUUGUUGACAAUCGCAGUUGGGUGCAUAGCAGUCGUAAUUUGCAUAAUUGUAUAAACAUGGAUCAAAACAAUGAAGGAAAUGACAGUCGACGUUCACCAGCCAGAGGCAAUUAUAAUUCUAAUUUACAUGAAUCAGUAGGACAAACUAGUGGUAUUCCUAGCCAAUCAAACCAGACUGUGAACACGGUGACUUCUUCAGCAGAAAGACGUGAAGUCGUAGCAGAGGUGAAUGAAACUGACCCCACAGUUCGCACAGAUACAUCACAGCAGUCAACCAACAAUGAAAACAUGGCCCCGGGACAUUCGAUACAAACUCAGGACAUAGACAUAGGAGUCACUGCAGCACAACAAGAGAUGCGUCACGAACCUUUACCCGACCUUCUACAUUCUCAUGUCAUUCCUUCCCAUAAUCCUUCCUCUCCCAGACAGGUAGGGCAGGGCCACCCUGGGGUUCACGACCCCCGGGGAUACAGCCACUACCCCCAGCAUCGACAUCACUCCCGGCACCACCACAGGUCGGGGCACCGCUCACACCACGGCAGACGGAGACACAGGUCUCGUAGCUCCUCCUCGGUGGAACCCGAGCCGUGUAAGGAGGGAUGCCUCUCGUGUUUGGCGGCCACCACCUCAUUUCGAUGGAUUCUUGUUAUUCUGUCAUUGUUAGGUGUUUGUUGUGUAGUGACUGGGAUUGUACUAGCAGCUCUCCAUGCCACUGGAAAUAGCUUUCUCUUCCUUGCCAUUAUGUUUAUAGGUUUAGGUGUCCUCUUGGUUGUUGUGGUAGCAGUUGGAUGGAAAUGCACACCCAGAGGUCAUGAACCCCUCCAUGCCUUGUUUGGCCUUGGAGACUUUCGACACCAACAAGAUCGGAGGUCAAGGUCACGUCGUCAUGGACGGACUUCAAGAACAAGAGAGCAUCAGUGGUAUGGAGGAAUGAUGUACCCCGAGUUUCAGUACAGACGUCCCCCUCCCUCGUACAACGCCUCCAUGCAGGAUUUCCAACAUCAGCUUGCCCUGGCACAGAGUCAAAGGGAGAGGUUCCACGCUACAGAGGAGCUCCCAGCGGAAGAUUACAGCCUCCCCAGCUCUCCCCCUCCCUCCUACCGGUCACGAGCCAGCACGGCCAGGACAGGCAUACAGAUCACAUUCCCUCCCACACAGGGAGACAAUUCACGACCCCCCACCUACAGGUCACACGCCAGCACUCAAGGUCACACAGCUCAUCAAAGGCCGUCCUUGCCAGAUGACUAUAUACAGCAUGGUAGUGAUGUGGCUUUUACAGGACAGUAUAACUCACAGCAACAUUCACGGAACAGUAGUGCAGGAAAUUUCCGCAUACAUUCCAGAAAUAAUAGUGGCACAGACAGAAAUGUGGUAUCUACAGUGGUAGAGCCACAAGGAGGUGGUGCUGUGGCGGUGAGUGUUAGUGUGGUGCAAAGUUCAUCUCAGGACCAACUUUUGGACAGUGCUGUAGAACAGACACUUCAGACAUUGGAUGCAGUGACAGGGGAAGAUAACCCUGCACAAGAAACCUCUGAGGACGAGUAUCCAAUGGAGACCCCUUUAUGAUGACAGAGAAACGGUAGACUCUAACAUGAUUCCAGCAGUCAAUUGUGUGAUUCCUUAGUUAGUGGCAAUAAUUCUAAUCAAACAGGCAAUAUUUUACUAAAAAGAAUUUUACUUUUUAACCAUUCCAUAUGAAAAAAAAAUCAGAAACUUUUUAUUUUAUAUUACUGUGUUGUGUUGUUGUUUUGUUGUGUUGUGGAAUGACUUUUUAUACCAGAAGUAUUUUAAGUUAUUUAAAAUAUUUUUAAUAGUAUACAACAAUUUUUUGGGCAUUUUAUCAAUUUUUGUGAAGAGUUUCUGUAUUAUCAGACAGUUACAUAUACACUGUAAAUUGAAGUCUUAAUAUUCAAUGUGUAUAAAAUUUUGCUCUUUGAAGUAGUUAUGUGCAAUCAAUAUUUCAAAAUAAGAAGUGUAGUCUUUUAUUUAAUUUUUAUCAUUGAAUAACUGUAGUUUAUCUGUAUAAAUUUAAUAUUAAUUCACUCUUUUUAAAAAAAAAAAAAAAAAAAAGAAAAUCACAUGGCAGCAAAGUUCUGAAAAUAAAAGUGAAGAAAAUGCAGAAAAUUACAUGUUUAGAGUUAUUAUUAUAUAUGGAAUUUAUUUUAAAAGUACAACCAGUUAUAUUUUCAGAAUGCUUUAUAAAUGUAAAAAAUUCCAAAUCUUAACUCCAAAAAAUGAAAAUAUUUUGUAUUUUUAAGCAUACUUUUUCUAAAGCAUGCAAGAAUGAUAACUCUUGUAAUUGAAGCUGAAUUUUUUUAUGAUAUUAGAAUUCUCACAAUAUUCUGAGUAUACACAUAUGUGUCCUUUUGUAACAUUGAGAGUUACAUGUAAGUUAUUAUGUACCAGUGCCAAAUAUUUGUAAAUAUUCUUGCCUCACACACUGUCCAUAGAAAAGAAAAAUAAUUCCUCUUGAUGUUUUCAGAUGUACAAUUUAGCAUGUUGUAUCUAGGAUAGAUUUGUGUAAUUAUUUUUUCCCAUUAGUCAGUAACAAUCUAAUCAGAAUUUACUGACAAAGUCCAAUGCAAUCAUGCACUUCAGAAAUUUCUCAUACAGGUACCAUGUACAUAUUUAAACUAUAAAUAUGUAGACAUUUUUUGUUUGCUUUUUGAAAAUUAUGUAAACCUGUAAAUGUAGAUCUAGCAAGUCAAUUCAUCACAAAUAUAGUUUUUAAAAAAAA